AUGAAUGAAACAUAUGCCGAUGACAAUAAUUCCAAUUCCUUCUUCUUUGUUGUAGAAGACUACCAAGAUGUGAAGUUAAAGCUAGGAUUAGGAGUCUCAGCAGUUUUAAUUGUGGUAAUCAUUAUUUUGAUCAUGAUAAAAGUAAGAGGAAAAAAUCAGAGAAAGAAUGAUUGGAAUGCCGAGAGCAUUGAAGCAGUAGUAAUGUUGAAACGAUACAGUUACGCAAAAGUGAAGAAGAUGACAAACUCAUUUGCACAUGUUCUCGGUAAAGGAGGAUUUGGGACUGUAUACAAAGGAAAGUUAUCAGUUGGAGGCGUAGAUGUUGCAGUGAAGAUCUUAAAGGAAGGAAAGGGAACGGGAGAAGAGUUCAUCAACGAAGUAGCUAGCAUGAGUAGAACAUCUCACGUGAAUAUUGUCACUCUUCUUGGCUUCUGUUAUGAAGGGAACAAGAGAGCUAUAGUAUAUGAGUUCAUGCCCAAUGGAUCCCUUGACAAGUUCAUCUCCGAGAAUAUGCCAACUAAGAUAGAAUGGGAAAGGCUAUAUGACAUCAUGGUAGGUGUCUCUCGCGGCCUAGAGUAUUUACACAACCGUUGUGUAUCCAGGAUUGUGCAUUUCGAUAUAAAGCCGCAAAACAUACUCAUGGACAAAGAUCUUUGUCCCAAGAUUGCCGAUUUUGGUCUUGCUAAGCUUUGCAAAAAUAAAGAGAGCGUCAUGUCCAUGUUAGAUGCCAGAGGGACGGUAGGUUACAUUGCCCCUGAAGUGUUUUCGAAUAACUUUGGAGGAGUUUCGCAUAAGUCAGAUGUGUAUAGUUAUGGUAUGGUGGUCCUUGAGAUGAUUGGUGCAAAGAAUAUAGAAAAUUUUGGAUCCAACAAUAGUUCAAUGUACUUUCCAGAGUGGAUUUAUAAGGAUUUUGGGAGAGGGGAAAUCAUGAGGAUUUUUGGAGAUCAACUAACCAAAGAAGAAGAGAGAAUUGCGAAGAAAAUGGUGUUGGUUGGUUUAUGGUGUAUUCAGACUAAUCCAUCUGACCGACCACCAAUGAUCAAAGUCAUUGAGAUGUUAGAGGGGGAUCUAGAGGCUCUCCAGGUUCCACCUAAACCUCUCUUUAGUUUACCCACUGUAACGGUUCCAGAAACUUUUGAAGACAGUCAUGAGAUUUCAAGCUCUUCUAAACCAGACAGAAUCUAG